UCUCUUUAGAUUUAUAAUGGAAGACGACUACUUACAGAGAUUAGGAGUGGAUAUUUCCUUUGAAUCAAAAAGUUUUUACCAUAAAAAAUUAAUAAUAUGUUUUGCUUCUGGAUGUGUGGUCUCAGUUUUAGGUGCAACCCUUGCUUUUAUAAAUUCUACCCACUUCUUUGGAUUCACUGCCAGCCUGGUCAGUUUUGUGUUAGGAUUAGUUGGAGCAUUUUAUUUGAGCAGAAUUCCUAAAAAUGAAAAAGAGAGAAAAUGCCUCUGUCUUCCAACUAUGAAGAAAAGCAAAAUGUAUAUGAGACUUUUCUUCUUUAUCCUUUAUAUUGUCUUCGUUACUUUUGUUCUAAUCUUCAUCCUGCUGAAACUUAUUGCUAUUUUUAAAGAUCCAAGCAAGAUGGAUGCUGAAAAAUGAGUUAACUCUCAAGGGUGUGCAAGAAUCUCAGUAUUUGGAGAAGAUCAUAGAGCUGCGAGUGUAAAUCCUGACCUUCGUUUCACAAUCAAGCAUAUUGGUGUAGAUAAUACAAGGGACUUAAUUCUUGCUUGAGCAGACAAACAAGUUCAAUUGAGAGUUGAACAUAGUCCUGGCAAUAAUGAUAGCGAGGACGACCCUAUUGAAUUCCAUCUUAAUUUUGCAAGUAUAUUCUUUGGGUUUGUUGAUGAUAUGUUUAUUCGGAUCAUACAGUGCACUGAGACUUAUGGUGGUCAACAGGAAAUCUCACUCGGAUUAGAAAUACAAAGCCAGUCCAGAAUAGGAAAUUUUGAUUUUGGAGUAAACCCUUCUAGAAUCUCUCACUUUUUACAAUGAAUCGAGUCCCAGAUUCUAAACAUUCAUUCUAAAGUCUCAGGAGUAUCCGUCCCUCUCAAAAACAUGCAUAUCGCAAAUAGAGGCAACGCAUGCCUUGCAAACAAGCAGACCGAGGAAGCAGAAGAAGGAGAUGAACAUCCCUCUAUAUUACCCACAUUCCCACCAUCACCACUUCAAUCAUAAAACCUCCAGUCACAUUCUGACUCUUCCAGUACCUUUCAAUUA